AUGUCCUACUUCAACAGAGACGAAAAUCUACAGGAAGUAAACAUAAAAAAUCUUAUCGAUUUCUUCCAAGCUGCAUCCACAGUACCCACAAUAUCCGAUGGGAAGAAACAGCGGAACUUACUUCUGUUGGGAAAGACUGGUCAUGGUAAAAGUGCAACAGGAAAUUCUACACUUGGUCAUCGGGAGUUCAAAAGCAGUUCUUCUGCCAGCUCUGUUACUUCUGAAGUGCAGUGCAAACAGGUAGAGUUUAAUGGUUUCGUCAUCAACGUCAUCGAUACGCCAGGCUUAGCUGAUACGACCUUCAAGAAUCGUAGAGCUGAAGAGAUGCAGGUAGUGAUAGAAAACAUGAAACAGGCAAUUCAUAUGUCGCCAGGUGGCAUUCAUGCCUUUUUAUUUGUGGUUUCCUUCAGUGGACGCUUUACUGAAGAAGACAGGAGUUGUCUUGACGCAUUUAAACAAAUUUUUGGGCCGACAUUUUUGGAGGAAAAUGGGAUCAUUGUCUUUACCCAUGGAGAUCUUUUUCAGGGAUCAAUGGAGGAAGAAGAGACGCCAGAUAAAAGCUUUAAAGAAUGGUGUAGAGAACAAACAGGUCCUUUUGGUGAUUUGAUGAAGGAAUGUAAAUACCGAUGCUUGCUUUUCAACAACUCGCAACGUGAUAGCGCAGGCAAGCAAAAUCAGCUGAAACAACUAGUUGAACAGGUCAGGGUAUUUGAGAGGUCGUAUACACAUGAACACUUUCAGCAGUACUGCGAUCUUCGAAAUGAGUUUAUUAUUAAGCUGAAAUUACCCGAGUUAAAGGCAUCAUUCCAAAGACUUAUUGACAACCUCAAUUCUGACGUGAAUGAGCUGGGAAGAACUAGAAACGCUAAUUUGUCUGUAGUAACACAAAACGCAGGCCAGCUAGAGCAAAGAUUAGCAGCUGAAGACGGAGGAACUGGGCUGUUAGAUGACAUGAAGGCACAGCUGGCAAGGACUAGGCAGAGAAUACACAACUGUAUGCAGAUUGAAUCCGAAAGGCGUCGCCAGGAGAAUGACAGUUCGUGCUCUAUUUUCUGA